GUCACAUGACAUCCAACUUUUUUUGUGCACUGCACGGUAGUGCAAAAGGUGUGCAACGAAAAUUGACAUUGCACGCUCGAGCAAACCAGUGCGGUAGAAGUCCAACAAAACUACGACUUGCAUAUACAUUCACAUACGAAGUUAGUGCUGGCUUCAAAUUUGUCUAGAUCUAAAUUCUAAGUUAGAUCAAAUUGUGUUUCAUCCGACGUCAAUUUGCGGUGAUGACGGCCCUUUAACAUAAUGAUGGAUACAGAUUUGAAGAAUGAUUUCUACCAUGCCCAAAAUGUGAAGGAGGAUGUGCAAUUAUUAGGCCAGGGCUUGUUGAGGAAAGGCCAAGGACAUGAAGGAGGUGUGAAAUGGAAAGAUGACCAGCUUGUCUGUGAAAUAUCUGUGACUGCAAAACAGUCAAAACCAAGUUGUCAUAUAGGGGGUCUAUUGCAUAUUUUCUUCUUUAUGUCAGCAGUAGGACUCACGGUUUUGUUCUGGAAUGCAGUUCUCGCUAUCAUGAUUAGUGUUCUGUUCUUUCUGUACAUUCAUUCUUCAGUUUCAAAAGAAACACUGCUUCUGAUAUCUUCCCUUGGGUUGCAAAUAUCUUCGGAGUAUGUCACAGGACGCAGAGUCACCCAGUUUAUUCCUUUCAGGGCAGUUCAAGACAUUGUUAUCCAUGAAGCUGUAACAAUGAACAAGGUUGUUUACUAUUUGGCUGUUCUUUUGAAACAUCAAAAUGGUAAAGAGUGGACAAAUUCAUUGGUGCCAGUUUUUAUGCAUUCCAUGCCAAGACUUGAUAAACUUCAAGAAAUCCAUGCCUCCGUUCAUAGAAUGUGGGACUUUGAAAAGAACCAUUUGGAAUCGUCUAAAGCAGGUGGAGAUAACUGUGCUGUGAGAUGACAGUAAAUUUAGAUAAACAAACAAGCUGAAGUAAAUUAUUAGACUAGGUAGUUUGUAAGUUAUACAUGAAUACACAGGACUGGUGACCUGUAAUUUUGCCCAAUGUGAUAUCCCAGAAUUUCCCUGUUUUUGUCUCACCUGCAUAGCAGAGUGAGACUAUAGGCGCCGCUUUUCCGACGGCGGCGGCGGCGUAAACACCAAAUCUUAACCUGAGGUUAAGUUUUUGAAAUGACAGCAUAACUUAGAAAGUAUAUGGACCUAGUUCAUGAAACUUGACCAUAAGGUUAAUCAAGUAUUACUGAACAUCCUGCCUGAGUUUCAUGUCACAUGACCAAGGUCAAAGGUCAUUUAGGGUCAAUGAACUUAGACCAUGUUGGGGGAAUCAACAUCAAAAUCUUAACCUAAGGUUAAGUUUUUGAAAUGUCAUCAUAACUUAGAAAAUAUAUGGACCUAGUUCAUGAAACUUAUACAUAAGGUUAAUCAAGUAUCACUGAACAUCCUGCAUGAGUUUCACAUCACAUGACCAAGGUCAAAGGUCAUUUAGGGUCAAUGAACUUUGGCCGAAUUGGGGGUAUCUGUUGAAUUACCAUCAUAACUUUGAAAGUUUAUGGAUCUGAUUCAUGAAACUUGGACAUAAUAGUAAUCAAGUAUUGCUAAACAUCCUGUGCAAGUUUCAGGUCACAUGAUCAAGGUCAAAGGUCAUUUAGGGUCAAUGAACUUUGGCCAAAUUGGGGUAUUUGUUGAAUUACAGCCAUAAAUUUGAAAGUGUGUUGGUCUAGUUCAUAAAACUUGGACAUAAUAGUAAUCAAGUAUCACUGAACAUCCUGUGCGAGUUUCAGGGCACAUGAUCAAGGUCAAAGGUCAUGUAAGGUCAAAGAACUUUGGCCACGUUGGGGGUAUUUGUUGAAUUGCCAUCAUAUCUCUAUAAGUGUAUUGGUCUAGUUCAUAAAACGUGGAAAUAAGAGUAACCAAAUAUCACUGAACAUCUUGUGCGAGUUAUAGUAGUUUUCAAAAUCAGCACUGCUGCUAUAUUGAAUUGCGUGAUGCAGGUGAGACGGCCAGAGGCAUUCCACUUGUUUUUUAUAUGAGUCUGAAUUUCCUAAAACCUUUAUAAAAUUUGAACAAAUAGUACACUUUUAGAGAUCGUAUAAUAACUGUAGCUGUUGGGAAUGGAAAUUAUUGAAAAUCUGAUUUGACAUCUAAGAACAGGUCACCUGUUGUGCGUAUAAUCAUGUGUAAUUUACAAAAAGAUUUAUGAAACACCCUCAGAUUGUGGAACCUGUUUACCUGUUUAUAAGAUCUCAAAGAAAUAUUUUGGACUAAAAUCUUUAUUUUAUGCAAAAGUGUAGUGACAAUGGAAUAUAUUUUUCACCUAUUUGAUUCUUGUAAAAAUUGAAUUUGAUAUAAAUAAGGUCUGUGAUGAAAUUAUUUUUUGAUAAAGGCCUUUCAAAUUUUUUUCUUACAGGUCAGAAAACUAUAUGCAACAAUUGUAUCAUGAUAAGUUUGCUACAUUCCAUGCCCAGUUUUAUACGAUUUAAAGAAAAAAAAAUCAAGGUGCAGGGAGGGACUCAACAUUUCUAUGUUAUUUUAUGUUUGAUUUUAGAUUGCUUUGUUCACAUAGUAUACUCUUUCAUUACAGCUGAAAACAAAUUCAAAGCUUGAAAGUGGAGAAUCUUGAGUUUUAUCAUUUGCUACUUAAUGGUUAAGUUCAUUUAAAAAAGGUUGAUUUGAAUAAACAGUGGAUAUUCCAACUUAAGCAUUAGACUGGAAUUUUAUUGUCAAAAUACAGUGUAUAAUAUAAAAGUUAGAACUGUUCCAAAUAAUUUACCUUUUCUCCUUUAAUUUUUAAUAGACCUUGGUUCAAACCAGGUAUAAAAGACCUUUUCACAUUAGAUAGUUAAAGUUAGAUUUUGAUCCCCGAUUACCAUCAAUUCCCAAUAUUAUACAAAUAAUGAAUGUUUAUGAGUGAAUACUUCAUGAGGUGAAAGAUGAAAUGAUCCAUUCAACGAGGCAUAGCCGAGUUGAAUGGAUCAUUAUUUCAUCUUUCACCGAAUGAAGUAUUCUGUCCAUUGCACGAAUGAAAAAACAUUCAUUAUUUGGUUUAUAUGACACCUAAAAAUUGAUUUUUUUUUUUUUUCAUAUGAAAUUUAUGAAUUUCGAUGCAAAACAUGCUCAUGCAGUGCGAGUUUGGUCUGUUGAUUGUUACGUCAUUAUAACAUGCGCACUGCUGGUGCCUGCAGCUGCAGUCUCGGUGCGGGCGUGCAAUGGACAAAAUCGUAUGGAUCCAAAAUUGCACGAUGAAUGGAUCCAAAAUUGCACGGUUGAUGACGUCAUUGCAAAAUGGGCUGAAUGAACGAUAUCAAACAACCAAUCAAAUCACAGGGAUCUAUCUAGGUGUCAUAUAAUGUGAGCUAUAUAUGAUGCAUUGCCUAGGUUUCCCUGUUUCAAAGGUGAAUGGAGUUGACACCAGAAAAUAUUGUGCUAUAAUAUUAACUAAUAAGCGUUACAUUUUCCAUUCGGGAUGAGGGAGUUGGUUUGUCAUCUUGGCUGGAGGAUUGAAAUGCAUGGUGAUGAUACUACUUUUGUCUUUGUGCGUUGAAUGCUUGCAUGCAAAGCCAUUCGGUGGCAUUAUCAUAGUAAUUACAAAUGAAUAAUUUCAUGAA